UCGCCAGAGAUUACAUCACCACCUCACACACACACAGCUUACCCCUACCUAAACAUUCCCCCAAAUCCACCGAGUUGACUCACUGAGUUCGCACCGAGUUGACCAUGAGCUGGCUCAGGAGAAUCGACCUCAUCGAGCCCUACUACUACUGCCCCCCGCCGCCGGCGGUUCUCGUCCGCGAGACCUCCAUUUUCGCCGCCGCGCCGAAACUCCCUUCGUUUUUCGAAGAGCUGGUGGAGGAGGAUUUCGAGCUCGGAUACGCAUUGGACCUGCUGUGCCCUAGCCCCGUCAAAGCGCCGUCGCUUUUGUCCUACAAGCUGAUUCAGCGGGUGGAGAGGCUCGGAGGCGAGCUCUACUUGCAGAGCCUGAGCGACCGAGUCACUGAGCUGGAGUCGCGAUUCGAUCGCCUCGCGAAGAUCAAGGCCGCUGCCGUCGCCGGCCUUGGCGAUCGGAAGUACACGUACACGGCGGAGAUCAAGGCGCCGGAGAAGAAGUACAUGUGGACGACGGAGAUCAAGGAGGGGAAGCAUAAGAAGAGUGAGAGGAAGUACAAGUGGACGGCGGAGGUUGAAGGCAAGGGAGAGAUCUCGAGGAAGUACACGUUUACUGCUUCGAGUGGCGAUGCAGAGGAUCACAGUGAGAAGAAGGAGAAGGAGAAGAAGAAGAAGCAUCAUAAGGUGAAGAAGGAAGAGAGUGGCUCUCGUGUGGUGGAGAUUGAAGAGCUUGCAGCUGAUCAUGGGGCUGUGGUUCUAAGACAGGCUUUUGCUAAGAGAACUGGAGGUAGUAAAAUUGCUAAGGGGAAGAACAAGGAACUGUCUCCUCAGGAUGCAGCCAUGAUGAUACAAGGGAAUUUCAGAGCUUAUCUGAUCCGUAGAUCACAGGCUCUUCGGGCCCUUAGAGACCUGGCUGUUGCCAAGUCCAAGCUGAAGGAGCUGAGGGCAUUGUUUAAUAACUUCUCUUACCGCCGCCGUGUAGCCCAUGAUACAGCUGAGCGUCAAAGGUUCACUGAAAAGAUAAUUGUUCUGCUCCUCACUGUGGAUGCCAUUGAGGGUGCUGAUGUAAUGGUGCGAUCUGCAAAGAGGUCGAUGGUGGAUGAGCUGGAAGCUAUGCUUGAAGUGGUUGACCCCCAACCAGCUGGAAAAUCAUUGUCCAUGAGGAGGAGGACCUUUGAUAUGCCAGAUGGUGUCAUUCAAAGGGAGAUUGCUGAAGGUGUGGCACAGGUUGUCCAAAUGCUUGAUCGUGAAGAGAACAGUUCUACCUUUGAGGCAUGUUUGUGAGAACCCCAUGAUAAUGCCCCUGUUUACCUCUCUUUGUAGAGGUUCCAAUGUUGUAGUUGUUACUAGAAAGAUGUAGUCUAGUCGAGGAAUUUGAAGGACUUGCUUAUUAUGAGAGUAUAAGUUUGUUUAAAACUAGCAUGAUCUUCUCCUACUCUAGCAACUCCGGGUUUGAAAUCGUUUUCAACUCAUUGUGUGCUUAGACUUGUGUCUUUGAAGUGCUGCCGUAUUUAUAUAUUAGAUCAUUUGGUUUUCAAAUUUA